AAUAAGCAAGUUAAAAGAAAUAUUAUAAACUGGUGCAUGUUUUGCAAUUUUUACUUUCAUUUACUUUACAUUGAGAUUAUUGGAAUUUCUUUAUAACGAUCGCAUAUUAUACAUGUUAUACACUUGUCUCUACUUGCACAUACAGGUUAAAAUUUUUAAUUCCGUAAUCAGCAGUAACAAUAACCAUAACUGACUUUCGAAACAGUGUUCUCCGACUGAAGGGUCAAGGUUUAAGACGAGUUCAGUUUUGAUUUUACUUUGUACGUGUUACCUGACGGAGCUGUACUGUUACAAUUUAUGGAUUAAAGGAAGUCAAAAUGAAAGCAUAUUCGUUGUAUAAAUAUAAUAAGUUUUGAGUUUGUGAUAAGAUAAAUCAGUGAUCUCUGUUUAUGAUACAAAUUAAGUGUUUAAUGAUUUUAAUAAAUUAGCAAUCAGAAUGGCCCCUAACUUUAGCAAAUAUUUAACACGACAGAAUGCUCUCUCAGCUGCAGCAUGUGCAGGGAUUUUAUGGUAUUUAAGUGCUAGACAACGAUUAAAACUUAAUAAGUUAGACAGAAGAAAGAUCAGAAAGAAAAUUGAUGAAGAUGUAAAGUAUUUGAUAGCAGAAAAGACUGCUCCAUCAACUAAAGCUCAUGUCGAUCGCAAGUUCUUUUCUCAACUUUUUCAACUACUAAAAAUAAUUAUACCAGGAUGGACAUCAUCGGAGAGUGGAUUACUAUUUCUGGUAGCAGCAAGCUUGGUAGCUAGAUCACUGUGUGAUUUAUGGAUGAUAAGUAAUGGGACUAAAAUUGAAAGUGCCAUCAUUGCCUUGGAUAAAGAACUAUUCCACAAAAGGCUCUUUCAUUUUCUACUGGCAAUGCCACUAGUUGCUGUAGUGAAUAAUGUGUUAAAAUAUUCUGUACGCACCAAAUACAGCAUUCCCACGCAAGCCGAAAGCGAGAGCGACAAACUUCCACAAAUUGGGUACCUGUUUAAUGAUUUUAAUAAAUUAGCAAUCAGAAUGGCCCCUAACUUUAGCAAAUAUUUAACACGACAGAAUGCUCUCUCAGCUGCAGCAUGUGCAGGGAUUUUAUGGUAUUUAAGUGCUAGACAACGAUUAAAACUUAAUAAGUUAGACAGAAGAAAGAUCAGAAAGAAAAUUGAUGAAGAUGUAAAGUAUUUGAUAGCAGAAAAGACUGCUCCAUCAACUAAAGCUCAUAUCGAUCGCAAGUUCUUUUCUCAACUUUUUCAACUACUAAAAAUAAUUAUACCAGGAUGGACAUCAUCGGAGAGUGGAUUACUAUUUCUGGUAGCAGCAAGCUUGGUAGCUAGAUCACUGUGUGAUUUAUGGAUGAUAAGUAAUGGGACUAAAAUUGAAAGUGCCAUCAUUGCCUUGGAUAAAGAACUAUUCCACAAAAGGCUCUUUCAUUUUCUACUGGCAAUGCCACUAGUUGCUGUAGUGAAUAAUGUGUUAAAAUAUUCUGUAGGCGAAUUGAAAAUUCGACUACGUAAUAAUAUGACUCGUCGUCUUUAUGACGAUUACCUCAAACAGUUCACAUAUUAUCGUAUGACAAAUUUAGACAACAGAAUUAGUAAUGCUGAUCAACUAUUGACUACCGAUAUCGAUAAAUUUUGUGAAUCAGUUGCUGAUUUGUAUUGCAAUAUCGCUAAACCAACAUUAGACAUUGGAAUCUACGUCUACAGACUGACGACGAGUUUAGGUGGUGGGACUCCGUCCAUAAUGCUUUGUUAUCUGGUCGUUUCGGGAUUUUUACUUACAUACCUACGUAGACCCACAGGUCGUUUAACAGCAACAGAACAAAAACUUGAAGGAGAAUUUAGACAUAUUAAUUCUCGUCUUAUAACGCAUUCUGAAGAAAUUGCAUUUUAUCAGGGAAAUAACCGUGAAAAGGCUACAUUACUGUCCAGUUUUAAUAAACUGCUGGCACAUUUAAGGAAAUUCCUUAAAUUUCGUGUUUUUAUGGGAAUUAUCGAUAACAUGAUUGCAAAAUAUCUUGCAACAAUAAUAGGUUUCUGGGCUGUAUCUAUACCUUUUGUAUCUCGUACUCAAAAUUUACACAAUUUUGACGGAGGAGAAAGGUCCAGGCUGUAUUACACAUAUGGUAGAAUGCUCGUGAAACUGGCAGAGGCAAUUGGAAGGCUUGUUCUAGCUGGGCGAGAAUUGACCAGAUUAGCUGGUUUCACAACACGCGUUACCCAAUUGCGACAAGUACUGGCCGACUUGAACGAAGGCAAAUAUCAAAGGACCAUGUUAACAGGAACGGAAAAUCUAAAACUUAAUUCUGGAAAGUUGAUUUUUAAAGAUAAUGUAAUUAAAUUCGACAAGGUGCCUGUGAUAACUCCCAAUGGGGACGUGCUAAUAAAAGAAUUAUCGGUUGAUAUUCAUUCAGGAAUGAACGUUCUUGUAUGUGGACCUAAUGGAGCUGGUAAAUCUUCAGUUUUUCGAAUAUUAGGCGAAUUAUGGCCAUUGUUCGGUGGAGAAUUAACGAAACCACCUAGAGGAAAGUUGUUUUACAUACCACAAAAACCAUACAUGACCCUGGGCUGUCUACGGGACCAGAUUAUAUAUCCCCACUCAGGAGCUGAGGCUAUGAGACGAGGCACAACUGACGCUAAACUUAUGGAACAUAUGAAAAGAGUUCAGUUGGAGUAUCUUUUAGAACGUGAAGGAGGUUUAGAUGCAGUUGCCGAUUGGUUAGAUGUCCUUAGUGGCGGUGAAAAGCAAAGAAUUGCAAUGGCAAGGUUAUUCUAUCAUGCUCCUCAAUUUGCAAUUUUAGAUGAGUGCACAAGCGCCGUUUCUGUUGAUGUAGAAGGAAGCAUGUACAGCUAUUGUCGAGAGGUUGGUAUAACACUCUUGACGGUUUCUCAUAGAAAAUCCUUGUGGCAACAUCACGAAUAUGUCUUGCAUCUCGACGGUAGAGGAAGUUAUACGUUCAAAAAAAUUGAUCCUUUGGAAGAACAAUUUGGAUCUUAAUUAAUUGCAACAGUGUACAUAUGCACGUCUAUGCAUAGAAGUUCGUCUGUAUAGUUAGAGAUUUUAUCAAUCGUUUGAUAAAUUAAAAUGAAAACCUAAAAUCUAACCUAAUAGGAUGUAAUCUUAAAAACAAUGAAAAUCUACAAAUACUAAAUGUAGCUUCGUCCUUCAAAGUUAAUAUUUUUCUCAGUUAAACAGAUGAGAUAGUAAUUCAUAUCGUCACCGUUAUCUACUAAUCCUGUCAUAUUCAAAUAAUUUGAAAUUAAAAUAUAAAUCGACCAAGCGCUUGAUGAACUCCCUUAUUAUACAAUCGACUUAUAUAUGCAAGGUUUAUGAGAAAAUAACACAUGCACAAUAAAAAUUUUAAUCUGUUAUUUUCUAGAACAGCAUAUUUUUACUUAAAUUGCAAUUAGGAAAUUUGUUAAUAUUAAAGUUAGUUCUGCUAAUUUUUUAAAUUUUGGCACA